GAUUCUGAAACAAAAGAGGCGGAGUCCGUUUGUAUAUCAAGCGCGGUUCCCGUGACGCGGAUAAGCGCGCACGGUAGAUCCCCGCCACUCCGGCGGCUGCGCGUGGGUAUCCGUGGGUGCAGUGAGAGAGUUCCGUAUAAAAGCUCCCGCAUCCUCCUCUGCAUCCGACACUCUCUGUUUGAGGAAUACAUUGUCUUCCUCGUUCCCCGGUAUUUUUUCGGGAAGCUUUUCCCGCAGUAGAAAACUAAAUUCCCGUCUAUGGUUUUGACUCAAGCUACCAAUAUGUCCCGGACUGAAGAGGUGCACCGUAUAACGGAGAAUGUCUAUAAGUCCAUCAUGGAGCAGUUCAACCCUUGCUUGAGGAACUUUGUUGCCAUGGGAAAGACCUACGAGAAGGCUCUGUCGAGUGUGACAUUUGCAGCAAAAGGCUACUUCGACGCACUGGUGCGGAUGGGAGAGCUGGCCAGCGAAAGUCACGGCUCUAAGGAUCUUGAAGAGGCAGCAUGGGAUGUGCUUUUCCAGAUGGCUGAGGUUCACCGACAGAUCCAAAUGCAGCUUGAGGAUAUGCUGAAAUCAUUCCACAAUGAAUUGCUCACAGAACUGGAGAAAAAAGUGGAACUGGAUGUGCGCUACUUAAAUACCGCUCUAAAGAAAUAUCAGAUGGAGCACAAGAGUAAAGGAGAGAGUCUGGAGAAGUGCCAGGCUGAGCUGAAGAAGCUGCGGAGGAAGAGUCAGGGCAGCAAGAGACCCUCAAAAUAUGGAGACAAAGAGAUGCAGUACGUCGAGACCAUCAGCAGCAAACAACAUGAGCUGGAUAACUACAUCGCCGAAAACUACAAGACGGCCAUGUCUGAGGAAAGGAGGAGGUAUUGCUUCCUUGUUGCACGUCAGUGCGCCGUGGCCAAGAGUAGCAGUGUCUACCACACCAAGGGCAGAGAUCUGCUAACACAGAAGAUCCCUUUGUGGCAACAAGCGUGCGCUGACCCAAAUAGACUCCCGGAGCGGGCCAUGCUGCUGGCCCAGCAGAUGAGCUUGGGAUCCGGCGGGCCAAUGGGAGCCAGUUCACAUCACACCUCUAAAUCUACCCUGACAAUCUCAGACCCCAUCCCAGGGGCUAAACCACUUCCUGUGCCACCUGAACUCGCGGCUCUGAUGGGGAGCCAGCACACGAGGAUGGCGGGAGCAGAAGGUGUCCCUGUAAUAAACGGCACAGCAGGGAUUUCCGGAGAAGACUACCAACGGUGGAUGGAGACCAGAGCCGCACAUGAGAGACCAUCCCCACAGGUCCACAGACACGGCGCCGGGACCUUCUCCAACACCCUUCCUGUCCGCAAGGUUGCUCCCGUUAAGGCCAAGAGCACUUUGGCAGAGACCCAGACCCUGCCCAGGUCCAGCUCAAUGGCAGCUGGGCUGGAGAGAAAUGGACGGACACGCGUUCAGGCCCUUUUCUCCCAUGCUGCGGGUGACAACAGCACCCUUCUCAGCUUCACGGAAGGAGACAUCAUCACACUGUUGGUACCUGAAGCACGAGACGGCUGGCACUAUGGAGAAAAUGAGAAAAACAGAAUGCGAGGCUGGUUCCCGUUCUCCUACACCCGUGUGAUAACUGAACCAGACACCAAUAAACUCCACGUCACUUUGCAGCACAGUCGGAGCAGCAGCACAGGAAAUCUUCUGGAAAGAGAGAUGGCUUUACCCACACCUGAUUACGGCAUGCCCACCCGAUUCCUCACACAGCAACAGAGCACACAACACAGCCGACAGAGACCGUACAGUGUGACAAUGCAAGGACUCUCACAGCAAGGGUUGGAAGACUACGAAUCCCGAUUCCAAACAAGAUGGAUCAGACGAACAUAGCAGAUGUUUCUGAAGGUCUAGCCCAAAAUGCGGAGGGCAAAUUGAUUUCUACAGUGUGAGAGGACAGACAGACACACAACACAGGCAGACAGACAGACAGACAGACAGACAGCAUCUUCCCCUUCUCAACACUCACAUCUCCCUGUCUUGCUUCAUAUCUCCACAAUCACUUCACCCUCACAGGAAGAAGAUACAGUCUAUAUCCACCCCUCCCUCCUUCUCCAUAAUCUCUUACUUUAUCCCAGUCGGAAGCAUCGUGAAAGAUACUAACGUCGAUAUUCCACAUUGACUUUCCUCAGUGUUCGCUCUAUCGUGAGCUCAUUUUCAAUAAAAGUAUUGAAAUGGAUUUUUUCUGAGGAAUUGUCUAUACUGUAUGUAUCUCCUGCUUGUCUUUCAUGCAUGUACAGAACAUGUCAACGGUGUAAAGUCUUAAGUGCAUCACUUGUGCCAUGCAGAGAUCUUGUGAUUUAAAUGAUACUGGCAUGGUAAAGAGUUUACAUUUGUUAUUGUAACAUGAUUCGUGAGUUUCAAAGUAUAAACACGUUAAUAAUAUAGCUAGAACUGACUUGAGAAAGAUUGUGUAUUUUGGGCAGUGAGCAUAUUAAAAUGUUAACGAAAGUAUUAUACCUUUUACACUGUACAUCUGAAUGAAUUUGAUGUUGUUAUAUAGGCUACACGUUGUUAUAUACAGUAGGCUGUUUACAUUGCUAAUGUAAAGGGCACUCCAUGAUCUCAUUAAAUAUCAAUUGGAGUGUUUUCAAUAAAAGAGAAAGUGUUUUUUAAA